AUGCUUAGAGGAAAGAAACUUUUAAAGAAGUCGUAUAGUGAGCGCAUUGGUCAGUACACACAUCGAAACGCCGCACACUGCAAGAACGAUGAGGAGCGUAGGAAGAUCGUUGUUGCGGGCGAAGACACGAGAACCGAUAGCUGGAUGGAUGGAUGGAUGGAUGGAUGGAUGGAUGGACGGUUGGAUGGACGGAUGGAUCGACGUACGAUGAUGAUGGUCGACGUACGACGAAGUGGAAAAGAGGAGCGAUAA